AUGCGUUUAUUAUUACGAGAAUCGCGUAAAACUUAUAACAUCUUAAUUCGCAGCGCAAAGCAAAUGGGCCAAGCAUCUAAUAAUGAUAAGAACGAAGAAACGGACGGGGAUAAGGAUAGGGAUAGGAAUAAGGAUGGGGAUAGAGAUAAGGAUAAGGAUAAAGAUAAGGAUAAGGAUAGGGAUAAGGAUAAGGAUGAGGAUAAAGAUAAGGAUAUCCGCCUUGCUUUUCGCAAAAAGUUGACCAAGUGGCAAAAGAUCUUUAAUUUGCUUAAUUAUUAUGUCGGUUUUCACUUGGCCGACAUUAUAAAUGAAUACGCUUAUAUUAUGAACGGUAACGUAUUAUUUAAAGAACUUAAACAUAAAUUCGGUUUCGCUAAAGCUUAG